AUGUGGAGUGUCACAUCUACAAAUGUCACUUUAGCUGUAUCUGAGCGCUUGAAAGCCCAAAAUUCACUUGCAGUGAAAGUAGGUUUGGCUUUCUUCAGGUCAAUCUAUGUUUGUUUCAUGCUUUUUGGAAUUCUGGCAUCUGGGUUUGUACUGAGUGGAUUUGUUAUGAAACACCUAGUUCAGAACUCGAUUCAGACCACAGAGACCCUGAACUCUGAUUACACCAAAUCAAGUCCUGUAGCUUUUGUUCCCCUCAUGUCGUCUUCGGGUGCCCAUGGUGACCGUGUUAUACCUUAUAAUCACAAACUGCAGCUUGCUGUUUCAUUGACCAUGCCUGAAUCCGAAUACAAUCACAAACUAGGUGUCUUUCAGGUAAGGGUACAGUUCUUGUCAGCAAAUGGUAUUGUCACUGCUAGUUCAAGCUAUCCCUGCAUGCUGCGAUUCAAAAGAGGGCCAAUUCAUGUCAUCGAAACCUUUCUUAUAAGUGCUCCUCUUAUUGCUGGUUUACAAUCAGAAACCCAAGUUCUGGACAUAAAAAUGAGUGAUCACAUUGAAGGACUUGAGCCAACUGCCUGCUUGAAGGUGAUACUAGAACAAAGAGCAGAGUUUCAAUCUGUUGCAGGCAUACCUCAAAUAUAUGCUGGAUCAUUAGUGCUUCAGUCUGAGAUUCCUCAGCUGAGAAGAAAGCAGCUGAAGUGUUUCCAUGGAAGAUUAUGA